AAACCCAUCGCAAGCAAAUGUAAAUUUUAUAAAUUCUGAAAUAUUUUGCAACAAAUUAAAUUAAAAUAAAAAAUUAUGUUAAUUCUUUUAAAAAUAUGCUUAAUUGUAUUAUUAGCGACCUCGGAAAGUUAUAGUGAACAGCGAACUUAUUCGCAAUUGCCGGCGAAAUAUGUGGAAUCAGUGCAACGUUCUACGCAUACGAACAAUUGGGCCGUUUUAGUUGAUGCUUCGCGUUUUUGGUUUAACUAUCGCCAUAUUGCUAAUGUUUUAUCCAUUUAUCGUUCGGUUAAACGUUUAGGUAUACCGGAUUCACAAAUUGUGUUAAUGAUAGCCGAUGAUAUGGCUUGUAAUCCCCGUAAUCCGCGUCCGGGACAAGUGUAUAACAACGCUAAGCAACAUAUUAAUGUUUAUGGUGAUGAUGUCGAGGUCGAUUAUCGCGGUUAUGAAGUAACGGUAGAGAACUUUGUGCGAUUAUUAACGGGUCGUACCCAAAAUGGUACUGCGCGUUCAAAGAAGUUAUUAACAGAUGCCGGUAGUAAUGUCUUAAUUUAUUUAACGGGACACGGUGGUGACGGGUUCUUAAAAUUUCAAGACUCCGAAGAGAUAACCAAUCAGGAGUUGGCCGACGCUGUUGAACAGAUGUGGGAAAAGAAACGUUAUAACGAACUAUUAUUUAUGGUGGACACUUGUCAAGCGGCCUCGUUAUAUGAAAAAUUCACAUCACCCAAUAUCUUGGCCGUAGCCAGUAGCUUAGUGGGUGAAGAUUCGUUGUCGCAUCAUGUUGAUCCCUCAAUAGGUGUAUAUAUGAUUGAUCGUUAUACAUACUAUGCUCUUGAAUUUUUGGAAAGAGUUCAACCCAACGGUGAUGAAACAAUGGCCGAAUUUCUGAAAGUAUGUCCGAAACAUGCUUGCAUAUCGACAGUCGGUGUACGUAAAGAUUUAUACAAACGGGAUCCUAGUCAAGUGCCCAUUACUGAUUUUUUCGGCAGCAUAAGACCGACAGAAAUUAUAACUGGUCGAGUAAAUAUAACGUUAGCCGAUGAAGAAGAUUUUAUAAAGGUCAUGGAAGAAAAACGCGAUUGUUACAACGAGUUGAAUUUACGUUUGAAAAUGGAUCAACAAUUUCCAAUGGAUGCGUUUUAAUAAACUUUUAACUCUAAAAGGCUUAGAAUAAAUUAUUUUCUUGUUUUAUAAAAAACAAAUCGUAUUGCUCGCCUUUAUUGGUUUCAUAUUUUUAGCUUAUCUUCGUUGAGUUUAAAUUUUUUAAGAUUAUUUUAAUUUCAAUUCUAUGGCUUAAUUAUGCGUGCUGUAGUGGAAUCUCUAAUCAUGGCAUUGAAAUGAUCCGUGAAUAUUAAUUCUAUCAAUAAACAAUGCUUCCGCAGGCAGUUACCGCGUGUGAAAAAUAGAUAAAAACUGUGCAGAGAAAGCGUUCAGUGGAGUUAGAAGUAAUGUUAACUAUCGUGAAAUAUCCAAAAAAGUAUCCUUAGGUUUCAUUCAAAAAUUUCUUAAGUGUAAUGUCUGUUUUCCGGUAAAGAAUUUACCAAAGCCAAGGAAUACCAUGGUUGCUUUUAUUUUAUACAAGUUGUUUAGUGUAUUGUCUGUUGUAAACGUUCUCCUGACCGCAAGACAAAAGCUAUCGCCUUCAGAUGUGUCAGAAACAUUGAAAGUUCUUGCACGUAGGUUGGUAUUAAAAAUGCGUCAAAUCGGCCGAAGGACACACCCACAGCACCACCUAAACUUAGAACAACUCUGUUUUUCAAAAGUAAUAAUAAAUUGAUUUUUUGCUUAUUAGUCAAAUUAUUUGCAGUAAAUAUGCAAAAAUUGAAACGCGUACUUUACGGGCGAUGUUGUAGCAUCUGCACAAAAGUCAGAAAAUUUGACCGCACCUACGCAAUAUUGUAAUGUAUCGAAAUUGAAUUGAUUUUUCAAUACCUUUAUAACGCGCAGAAACAAGCUUCGAACGCAUCAUAAAGUAUACUAAUUCUUGGCCAAUUCCAAAUUUAGGAUACACUUAAACAUGGUCAUCUGCGCGCCUGUUCACCUGUCUGUUCCCGCAAUUUUGUAAUGUUUGUGGUAAAUAUUCUACCGUUAGCGAAAAUAAAGAAAGAAUUUGAAAGCACACGCCUCUAAGGGCCAUACAUCUCUCGUAAAAAAACAUUUAUGUUGAGAAUAGAAAAAAUCAAGCGCCCCCACUCCAUAAUAUAGAGCAUGAAAA